CAUCAGCAAAAUCCAGCAUGUUCAGCGCCCGUGUCGCCGCCCCAAGCACCCCUCCCCUCAGGGAAAUCAAGAGUAUCGUCUUUGAAAGCCUCUCGCCCGAUGAGAUCAAGGCCGUUUCCGUCAUCCAUGUGACGAGCCCCGAAUUGUAUGGCACCGACGGCAAACCCAAGCCCUGCGGUUUGCUCGAUCCUCGUAUGGGUACGUCUGAUCGCUCGACCAAAUGUGCCACCUGCGAAAGCGACAUGAUCCAGUGCUGCGGUCACAUCGGGCACAUCGAGCUCGCCACGCCCGUCUUCCACACCGGAUUCAUCGAUCGCCUCAAGAAAAUCCUCGAAAUCGUGUGCUCCCGUUGCUUCCGCAUCCGCAUCGACGUCGCCGCCCCCGAAAACGGCGUUCUCGCGCACAAGCUCAAGAACGAUCCUAAGGAGCGCUUUGGGAUCUUGUGGAAGCACACCAAGACCAAGACCAGCUGCGAUCACUGCGGGUUCCAUGUCUACAGCGUGCGCUACGACAAUGGCCGUCUCGCCGUCCAGUCCACCAAGGAAGCCCGCCAGAUGCUCACUGGAGAAGAUGCCCACGCCAUCCUCUCCAAGAUUGCCGAUGCCGAUGUCGAGUGCAUGGGCAUGAGCGACCGCCACGGAGCCGUCGUUCGUCCCGAGUGGUUUCUCGUCAGCGUGCUGGUUGUGCCGCCUCCAUGCAUUCGCCCGUCCGUCAUGAUGGACGGCGGCAGCUCCCAGGACGAUCUCACGAUCAAGCUGGCCGACAUCAUCCGCACCAACGACCAAGUCAACAAGUACAAGGAUCCCAGAGUCAGGAGGGAGAAGGAGAAGAUCUAUGCCGAGUUUGCGGAUCUGCUUCAGUACCAUGUCAAUACCUACUUUGACAACAGCAUCUCGGGCCAGCAGGUGGCCACCCAGAAGAGCGGCCGCCCGCUUCGCUCGAUCACGGCUCGCUUGAAGGGCAAGGAGGGCCGUCUCCGCGGCAACAUCAUGGGCAAGCGAGUCGAUUUCUCGGCUCGCACCGUCAUCACCGGCGACCCCAAUAUCUCGAUCGAGGAAGUCGGGGUCCCCUUUCAGGUGGCCACCAACAUGACCUUCCCCGAACGGGUUACCGCCAUGAACAUGGGAUGGCUGCAGCGCCUUGUUGAUGCCGGCCCUGGUGCGUACCCUGGCGCCAAGUACGUCAUCGCGCCCGAGGGCACCCGCAUUGACCUCCGCUUCCGCAAGGAACCCAUCUUCCUCGGUGUCGGCUGGACGGUGCAUCGCCACAUGCUCAAUGGAGAUGUGGUGCUCUUCAAUCGCCAGCCCACGCUCCACAAGAUGUCGAUGAUGGGGCACCGAGUGCGGGUCAUGCCCGGCAAGACCUUCCGUCUCAACCUCUCCGUCACGAGCCCCUACAAUGCCGAUUUCGAUGGCGACGAGAUGAACCUUCACAGCUGCCUCAGCUACCCGACCCAGGCCGAACUCAGCACCCUCUCGAUGGUCUCGGAGAUGUUUGUGUCGCCCCAGUCCAACAAGCCGGUCAUGGGCAUUGUCCAGGACGCUCUUGUGGCCAUUCAUCUCAUGACCCGCCGAGACGUCUUUAUCGGUCGCGAGAUGGCGAUGCAGAUCACCAUGCAUUCGCCCAGGGAGGACAUGUGUGCUUAUGGGCUGCCUCCUCCAGCCAUCCUCAAGCCCGUGCCCAUGUGGACUGGGAAGCAGCUCGUUUCGUUGGCCUUCCCCGAUAUCAACCUCAAUGGCUUCACUUCGGACCACCCCGAUGGCGAGCGCACCUACAAUAGCCCCGGUGACACCCGAGUCAUGAUCCGCAACGGAGAAUUGAUCGCCGGCAAGCUGUGCAAGAAGACCGUUGGCACCUCCCAGGGCGGCCUGAUCCACGUCGUCUUCAAGGAUCACGGCGGUGCAGUCACCCGCGACAUGAUCGACAACAUCCAGUACAUUGUCAACCACUGGCUCCUGCACCACGGUCACUCGGUCGGUGUCGGGGACAUGAUCAUCCCCAAGCGAGUCAUGAAGAAGAUCGACAAGGCCGUCGGUGACUCGAUCGAGGACGCCAGCACCCAGAUGGAGGAAGCGACCGUCAAUCGCAUCCUCAACAAGGCCCGCGACACCGCCGGUCACCUUGCUCAGCGCCAGCUUUCCGCCUGCAACAACGUUAAGAAAAUGGUCGUUGCCGGCUCCAAGGGUUCCUACAUCAACAUCUCGCAGAUGGCGGCCUGUGUGGGUCAACAGAACGUCGAGGGCAAACGCAUCCCAUGGGGCUUCCAGGAUCGCUCGCUGCCCCACUUUUCCCGCUACGAUCCGACCCCGCUGUCCCGCGGCUUUGUGGCAUCGAGCUACAUCAAGGGCCUCAAACCGGCCGAGUUCUUCUUCCACGCCAUGGGUGGCCGCGAGGGCUUGAUCGACACUGCCGUCAAGACCUCGGACACGGGAUACAUCCAGCGCCGCUUGGUCAAGGCCUUGGAGGAUGUGCUCGUGCAGUACGAUGGGACGGUGCGCAACUCGCGGGGACACAUUGUCCAAUUCGUCUAUGGCGAAGACGGUAUGGACGGCACCGCUCCCGAGCGCCAGUUUACCGACAUCCAGAUGCUCACACCCGAGCAGAUCCGCGACCGUAUGUCCUGGGUCCCGCUCAAGGUCAGCGACGUCAAGAUCCUUCCCGUCAACCUCAAGCGCAUCAUCAAAUCGGUGACGAGCGAUCUCACGAUUCCUUUUGAGCCGAUCGCCACCCUCAACUCGCUCUUUACGAGCCCGAUCGACGAGCAGUCCGAUACGAGCUUGCUGCUCUUCCGUCUCCAUGUGCGAACCACAUUGUCCAGCAAGCAGAUCGUCACCCAGCGCAUCGGCCGCUUGCAUCUCGAAGAGAUCCUGCGUGUGCUGACUAAGCAAUUCCGCAAGGGCGUCGUCCAGCCCGGCGAGAUGGUCGGCGUUGUGGCAGCCCAGAGCCUGGGUGAGAAUAUCACUCAGCUCACACUCAACACCUUCCAUCUGGCCGGCGUGGCCAACUCGCUCAUGCUCGGCGUACCUCGUCUGCGUGAGCUGAUCAAUGUGGUCAAGAACAUCAAGACACCCAGGACCAUCAUGAAGUUGCUGCCGGAUGCACCGGCCCACAAGGUGGUGCAGGAGCUUGUGUACAAGCGCCUCUACGACUUUGCCACCGAGAUCUCGGUGCACUACGACCCACACCUGGAGCUCGACAACGACUUGGUCGGCCACCACUACCUCUUCUCGGACGAGCCCGUGUGCUGCCCAUGGGUGCUGCGGGUCGAGUUCAAUCGCCAAGAGCUGCUCGUGCAGCCUGGCUGGCAAAUGAGCCAGGUUGCAGCGCUCUUUGAACGCUCAUUCCCAAACACAGCCACCGAAGCCGUCGCCUUGAGCCAAUCGUAUUUCCAGUGCUUCUACACGGACGACAACAACGACCGAUGCGUUAUGCAUGUGCGAUUCCGCGAAGACAUCGAGACCCAGGGAGACAUGGAGAAUGUCAACGAGUUCAUGGAGGUCACUGGAAUCGAGAUGCUCAAGAGCGGAGAAGUCGUCGUAUCCGGCAUCAACCUGGAGGGGUGCUUUAUGGUACCCUACAUCGACCCGUACAGCAUCAAGAUCAACGAUCCCGCCAUGGUGCUGCAGACGCUCGGUGUCGAGGCGGCUCGGCAGUGCCUGCUUGAUGAACUCAGAACGACGAUCGAGUUUGACGGCUCAUACAUCAACUACAGACACAUUGCUUUGCUCGUGGAUGUGAUGACUUCCCGCGGCGGUCUCAUGUCGAUCACACGUCACGGCAUCAACCGAGCAGACGCCGGUCCGAUUGCCAUGUCGAGUUUCGAAGAGACGACGGACAUUCUCUUUGAUGCGGCUGCCCAAGGCACGGUGGAUCGCUGCGAUGGCGUUACUGAGAAGGUCUUGCUGGCUCAGCUGUACAAGGGUGGCUCGGGUCUCAUGGAUGUUCUGCUGGACGAGGAAAAGUUCAUGGAGAUGGAAGUGGCUUGGUAGAGAGCAGGCCCUUGAUGAUGUCGAUGUUUUGCUGCCUGUUCGUUCGCUCCGUAUCACCCUUAAUCCAUGCAUAAAGCCCAUGUAAAUACGCUGCUAAAUGAAUAAUACUAUCAAACGAUUCGAC